AGAGAAAAUGUGAAGAACUUUAUACAAUUUAGAUUUAAAACGAGCGUGACUUUUGACCUGUGUAAGGAUGGGAAUAGAGAAAUGGCAGUUGAGACGUUCACUGUUAGCCUGGCAGGCUAUAAACCCUCGCUUGCAUGUAAGUUAUUCUCAAGACUUGAAUCCUCCUGGAUUAACGUUAACAUUACACUGAGCGCGGCAGAGUGUUAUUUUGGGCUCCUUUCAUACUUCACAGUCAUGCUUAAGCUGAAGCAGAUGUUACUGCAGUACUCAAUUGAUGAGUCAAAGUUGUUGGACUCAGUUACCAAGUACACAAUCCAUGACUACGUGCCGAAAAUAUCUAGUAAAUUUGACCCUUCAACCAUAAAUAUGAUUGAGAACACAAUAAGACAGUCGAAGGAAUUUUCAGAAUAUACGCUGAGGUUGUCGAGAGAGUACAGCAGCUCAAAAUUUAGGGAUUAUUCUGACACAUUGUCAAGAUUUUCGAAAGAUUUGUCAGAGGCCAAUUUGAGUAAGCUGUCGAGAGACUUGAGGCUAAGUAAAAUGUUCAUUGAUAGUAAGCUGAGUAAUCUUAGCAUGUCAUUUGAACCCGAGAAUCUGGCUGACUUGUACUGUUUACCCAUUAGCACAAUGUCCAACUUUGAGAAUCUGACCAGGUACUUGAUUUACAGGUACUUCAACGGACUUCUUCAGCCCUCAGGAGUUAUCGAUGUAAAUUCGGUGAUUUCUGACCUUUUGAAGACCAUCGCUGGCAUUAACUUCUUUGGGAUUAAGAAGGUUGAGCCCCUAUAUUACGCCCAUUUCAAGCUUGACCAGGAUUUUGGACCUCAAAAUAAAGCAACGAACCAGGGAGACCAGAUGGACGAGUUUGACAAGAUCACAGCCAACAAGGAUAUAUACAACGUACAAAUUGAGCACAAUGUGGUUCACGUUGGAAGAUUGGGCCAUACAAAUGUGUUUGGAACCACUACAACAGAAAAUGUAUCAAGUUUCCACAACGACUUGGGAAUACCUAUUUUACUCGCAAUAAAAUCCAGUACAAGUCAGAUAAAUACGGCUGACAGAGCUGUGGAGAUGAAGAGGAACGUGUCGAGUAGUGUGAUAGAUAAGGAAGCGGAGAAUUUGGCAGGAGAAGAUACGUACAGCUGGGUGGUGUUAAGUCCCGGUAAGUCGAUGAGUUUACCAACAUCACAUUACGGGAUCCUUGAACCCUUUUUAAUAAGAGUCCAGAUCGACAACAAAUAUUACGAAAUCUCAUCAACUCAGCUAGAUUUCAGCGAUAAUAACGCCCAAAUCAUGUUCAAACUUAGCUUAAACCCCGAAGACCCUGAAGAUAUUGAUGUAAUUAAUGAAUCUAAGGCAUCUAACAAAGAUGGAGUAGAUACGAAAAUGGACCUGACUGAACCCAGUCAAAAGGAUGUAACUCGUGGAAAAAGUUAUAAGAAAGUUGGGUUUGGUAAACUCGCAAAGGAGUAUUUUAAGAGGUUGGUGGGAAUAAAGGAUACAGAGUUCACAUUCCAUUACGCAUAUUUGAUGGUGAGAGUGACCCAGAAGAUGUCGCUUGAGAGUUCAAUCACAAUCGGCUCCUCACUGAACAUUUUCUUGUCUUCUGGAAUUUCAGUAGUUAACAAGUCUAUGCAGAAUUUGGUCAUAUUCCCAACAGUAAAACCACCCAAGAAUAAAAUGACAUUCAAGGAGGAAAUUCUGAAAAUUGAAAUAGAAACACCUCAGAUUCCAGAAACCCCAAUUGAUAAAUCAUACUUUAGGGAUGAAAAGUUCUCUGAAAUUGAUAAGAUUUUUAAGCCCAUUUCAGCACUAACGGAACACAAACUAGUUAAAAUUGUAUACCCAUCUCCAGUGUGUGUUAAUACGUCGAAUUCCCGUGAUACAGCUUUUGUCCCAGACCAUGAGUCCAAUAAUCGGGUAACCGAUCAAUACAUACUAUUGAGGGGGAACAUGGGUGAGGCGAGCAGAGUGUUUAUACCGUUGACUUGGAUACUACACGGCAAUAACACAAUAUGUGUUUCACUGUUGACUGACUUUGACACUGCAUACGGGAACUUCGAAGUGGAUUCAUUUAGUCCAUCUGAGAGCUCAUUUGCUCAAAGUUCUUCAGUGGAAUCUGGGAUAUACUGUGAUGUACUACUGAGUAAGGAGGCUAGUUUGCACAUUAUAUCAUCGUUUGAGGGUCAUAAGAUAAAGGUUCCAGUACCUGGAUUUCAACCAACACUACAUUUGGGGCAGUCGUUAAUUAUAUCCGGCGAUUCUGGUUCUGGCAGUAAUGAUAUGAUGCCAGAUGGGUUUCCAGCCCACAACAUUAGUAACCCGUUUAUGGGUUUGGCACACCUUUCGAGUGGGUCUGGAGAUCAGAAUGCAUUAAACUCAGGCUCAAAUGCAUUGACGGAUGGUAGAGGACUGAAGGAAUCUGAGGAGUUUCCAUUGGUCUUGUCGUCAACACUAACUGAAUUCACAAGUGUGCACAAGACUCAGAUACCACUGAACCCAAUGAAGCAUCUGAUUAAACGCUACGAAGUGAUUAUAGAGUCCUGCCAGAUUAUAGAGAACAUGCUCCCAUACGACAUUGAUAUUUUGGUUCCAGAGCUUUACUCUGCACUUUCUGAUUCCUCUUUGUACCCUCACAAUGAUAAACUUCCGACCCAUAAAUCACUAAGCUUUGAUCAUCUGGACGAUGAGGAUAUUCAGGAGGAUGAGAGGCAGGACUCGGUUCUAAUUCCUAGGUCAAUCAGUGCUUCAACAGUACACCUAAUCGGUUAUGGCUCAAAUUCCCAGCUUUUGCCUUCAUCCAUGAAUAGAAGUCUUAUGAGUGAACCCUUUAGACCGGAUAAAGCAUCUCCAUUGGAUCAUGGAUUAGAGUACAACAGGCUUGACUUUAUAUCUGACAAGAGACACUUGCCGAUAAAGUCAGGAACGAGUGUUCAUUUGGAGACAUACAUGAAAAGGGCGCGAAUUUUCUUUAAGAACUACUGUAGCCACGAGAUGCAGUUCAAGAAUGAGAACCUUACGACAUCCUUGACGUUUGAAAGUAUGAGUAGUCAGGUUCUGGAAAACUUUAACCAGUUUUUAGGCCUAGAUACGGGAGGUAAGCCCAUUGGGUUGCCUAAGAGUUUGACCAUAUCUGUUGAAAUUUCCAGAAAGACAACCCAGCCAUCCAAAGACAAGAGUGGAGUGAUAAGGCGUUAUUUGGCUUCCUCACAGAUUGUGUGUAACAUUUUUGUGGAUAAGUGGGUGGUUAACUGGCUUGAGUACCCGAUUUUGUUCUCUCGCGCUGAUGGAAGAUACUUCCAGUGUUUUGGAGGCAAAUCCUGCUCUUUGGUGUCCCAAGAUCUAUCGAAUACAGGUUUACACCUUGUGAUUAGGAAGAGUUACUUGAAAAUGAUCCAUGGAUAUUCCAUGUAUCCCACAAACCCUCGCACGAGACCAAUUUUCAGGAUAACAUCACCAGAUCAUCUUAUCAGUGACAAGUUUAUGGUCCCUGAUCUGACGUUCAGCCCUUGCUCGAUCAAGGAUAACAGAGAUUAUCCAAAUCUGCAUUACUUGGUGGCAACCUCAAUAUCACCCUCGCCCUUCUUCAGGACUGUGGUGAUUGAGGUUCUUCCUCAGGUAACAGUCACGAACCACUUUGACCUUGAUAUCUGGAUUCGAGAGUUCAUAACGACUAAAAACGUUGUCAAAAACGUGAUCAAGAGGACGGGAGUCAUUCAUAAGGUCUACACCAACGUCAAGCUUCUUUCGCACAAGUUACACACAAACAAGGUUAACCUUGACGCCAGGAGUUCGAAAGGUAGUCGUAAGAGCCGAAAGAGUAACCGUAGUAGGAGGUCACGUAGGACUAAAGAUACCGCUGGAUUAGGGUUUUCCGAUGAUAACACGGGGCAUUGGAUAAAGAUUGAUAGUGGUAUGACAGUGGAGUUUCACCCUCAGAGUAAGGGUGAAUUUCACGUUCAAGUCACUGGUAUCAACCCGUUCCAAUUUGGAGAUACAAGGAUUUCAAAGUUCUGGUCCUCGUCGCUCCUAAUUAAGCCUUCGUCUUCCACUCAGUUCCGUUAUCCACAGAUGAUCCAGAAGUCUGACCUCCAAGUUACGACCCCUACUGCCUCUAGCCCAACACAAAGAAUUGACAGUAACAUGGUAAAGUAUGGACUAUGUGAGCUUGAAACACUAGUGCAUAAAGGCUGUAAGAUGGUGAGGUUCUCAAGACCUACCAAGCCUGAGUGGGUGAUUAUAAACUCAACUGGACUUAAUCUUUACAUUCAGCAGCUUGGCAUACUAUCCCAUGGAGAAAUCCUGUGCCCGACACAUGAUCUUGGGGGUAGUUACAAGACUCAACGUGACGGCUUUAAAGAAGUACCGGAACCCGAAAUACAAACCGGAGCUGAAUACAGCUGGUACGACCCGCUCAAGGAACAGAAACUAAUCAUCAAACUUUACCAUAUACAAUACAAAAAUAAUGAUCUCAUUGGUCGAAUCAUCAAAAACAACAACCCCAAUACUGAUAACACUGUUAAUAGGGAUAAUAGUAGCCCUAAUGGCGAUGGUAUGGGAGUUGAGUUUGAGAAGGUGUCAGUUAGGGUGAGAGGAGUGUUAUUGAUAGAUUUGGGAAGAGUGGAAAGUAUAAACGUGAGUGGGAUAUUUAACAUAAGGUUGGGGAAGAUGCGGUUGGCGGCUAAGGUUAACGCCCAGACGAGUGUGAUUAUGGGUCAGCGGGCUUUAAUAAUCACUUGUGGGAAACUGAACAAGCUAAUUAAUAGGAACAAGAAGCUGUUUGAUAUCUAUAAACAGAUUAAGAUACCAAACGCAGAGAUUAAACUUAACCCGAAGCAGUACCUGCUAGAAAAGUUCAAGUACAACAUCAAGCACGCUGAAAAUCAGAGGGGAAUUAGAGUCUCAAAUCGUUUAACCACUAAUACAUACCCAUUAACCGGGAGAAUUAAUUCUAAGUCUAGUUCAAGGACAAUUUCCAAAGUUAACACUGACCGUUCCUCAUCUACCAAACUGUCAUCACAGGUUAAACCUGAUCCUAACAUUGUUGGAAGUCUCAAGCCAGAUUCUAAGACUAUUUCCAUUAUGUCAGAUUCAAAGAGUGUGAAAACAUUGUAUUUACAUCAUACAACGAUGGGAAAGAGUGAAUAUCAAACUCGGGAUGUGAAUCAACGUCGUACGUAUCCACUGACGAGUCCGAUUUACGACACAACUUACCGAGAGAAACAGGUUCUAAUUAACAUCAGCAACGAUUACACCUUGAACGUGUCCCUGAACGGGUUUGGACUAUGCAUAUGCUCGUAUUUGCCAGAGGAACUGCUAUAUUUCUCACUUGUCCUGGUCAAGUUUAGCACCUGCUUCCAGGACAAUGAGACCAGGAACCUGUUCUCAAUAGGGUGGCUUCAAUCCGAUGUACACGACAUCGAUUCAUUCUACCCAACCAUGCUCAAACCUGUUCUCAACUAUUCAACCUUCAAUAUCGGAAGUAUAAAUAGAAGGAAGGCAUCGUCAUACGUACACCAUGAUAUAAUAACUAACAAUAAUAAAGAGGUGGUAAGUAUUAUCAUGAACACAAAGAGUAACAAGUAUAUAAAGGAAAUAUCGUUGUUGAGCAUAGAUAUACAGCCGAUAAACAUAAAUCUUGAUACUCGGUUGAUAUUUUCAGCUCUGUUGCUGUUGGACGAGUAUUUGUCGAUUUUCUCGCAGUCUGAGAGGAACAUGGAGUCGUUUUCAGGCCCUCUGGUGGGAAUUUUUAACUACGAGAACAUGGAGUCAUUUGACGAUGAGGUGUACAUUCUGAACGACGUCGUGAAGUCUCAGUAUGGCUCAGACUCCUCUACAGGUUCCCGUUACAACAUUUCACGCUUCCUAAUUGGAAAGAUUGUAAUGGUUAUUAACCUAAGGAGGUCAGAUAAUAUCCUAACAGACGAACUACCACCUCUCAGCCCAAUGGUUCGGUACCUGGUUUACAUUCUCAGGAGGACGCCGCACAUCUCAGAUGCACACAUUGUGCUCAAUAAGGAGUCACUAAUGAGACUCUGCUGUACUCCGUACGUGCUCAUGUCGCACUUCACAUCAAGGUACAUGAGUCAGGCAAUUCAUCAAAUUUACAAAGUGCUCUGGGCAGUUGACCUGAUUGGGAACCCGAAGCUUAUUUUCAAUCAUUGGUUCUCAGCUCUUUACCAGUCGUUAAUUGACUUUAGAGAGGCUAUGAGGUUUAUUCACUUGCCGCCCGUGACGUUUUUGCUACUCCUCAAGGGAGUGAGCCAGUUUGGAGUCACGGUCAUCUCAGGCAUUGUGGACGCAUUUUACAGGCUCACAGGAAGCUGGUCCUUGAUACUCAAUACCGUGGCACUUAACUCAGAUCGCUACGCAGUUUUCAUUCUCAAUCAAGUGUUCCCCAAAAACCUCUCUCAUCCCAGUAACCUCCUAGAGGGUUUUGUCUUUGGAACCAGUACUAUGGGAAGGAAUUUAUACAUAUCACUAGGGAAUUUUAUAUUUAAGCCAGUGAACAGCUUUAAUAAGUUUGUUGAGUCGAUAAAGUUGAAGACCGGGAAGAGAGAAAUCUUAAUGUCAUUUUUGCAUAUUUGGACCUCAAUCUUUUCAGCCCUUUCAAGUUUGUUUUUCGGAACAUUUUCUGCGAUUCUUUCUGGUGUGUCGAUAUGGCUGCAAGGGGUUCUGAACCAGAUGCACUCAGUGCAUAUGCUUUCGGCCAUAAGGCCAAGACGUUCUUAUCACCACCUUAAGUGCAGUGGCCCUGUGCGGUAUAACUUUCUAGAGUCGUGGUCAGUUGAGGCUUCAAAGAGGUUCGGUCACUCGAGCCAGGUGCUCUUGGCACUCCCACUCGACGUCAAGCUCAAGCUUUUCGACCCAGUUUACCUGGCAACCUCUCACUGGUCAGUAUUGGCCACCCACAUCAGCUCCAUAAGUCCCCUGAUCCUCAGCCAGUCAUUUGGCAGCUUUAAGGACCUGAUCUGGGUUGACAGGCUAGACCUGGGGUAUGUAGAGAAACGUCACGUCAAGUGGAAGUAUAAAAUCAACUCAAUCAAAAGGAUACAACUAAUACAACUCUUUUGUUAUAGUAGUCAUGACGUGGAUGUCCCAACUUUCAGCCCUAAUCACGUUAACAAUAGGGGUGAAAAUGCCGAUAGAACUGAAAGUAGUAAUAGAAAAGUAGAGGGCCAAGUUAGUAUAAUAAUAUAUGAUACUGAUGAUGAAAGCAGCUUGGAUGAUUUCAGAAGUAACUACUUGAACCUAGCACCAGAUAGUAGAAUAAUACUACCCUUGAAGGUUGGAAAGAAGAUGAUUGGGAAGACGAUGUAUUUUAUGAGAAUUAUAUUUUCAGAGGCUGGACGAGUAGGCCAGUUCAAUUUUAACAAGAAACUGCCUGCAAAAGUUCAGGAUAUGCUUGAAAAUCCAAACUUUCUUCACGAUUACCAGGUUGACCAGUCCAACGUUCAUGAGCAGAUUCAGAUGAACUUGGGUGAAAUUAGGAGAAAACUGGAGAAAAAAUCAUCAGCUGGGAAUCAAAUGGAUUUGGUGAACGGGGGAGAAAAGUUAAAAGAAACAACAAUUGGACCAGAUUAUAUUAGAACUGGUUACCUGGAUAUGGAAAUGGAGAUGAGUAAGAGUUUGAAGAGAGUGGAGCCCUGUUUGGAAAUGUACAAAGUCGGAAAGGGCUUGGAAAUUCCAACAGUUGAUGAAUAUUUGAAACAAAAGAUCGAAUUCACAGAUGUUGAUCUAGGCGAAAGGGAUUUCAUGAAAGCCAAACUCCCAAAUGCUGAAGGCGAUGCGAAUAGUGUACCAUAUGUAAAGGAUAGUGUACCAUAUGUAAAGGAUAGUGUAGGCGAUAAAGAUAAGAAUAAUAUAAUGUACAAUAGCGUAGCUGGAAAAGCUGAAAAUGUGAUUAAUAAGAGUGUGAAGAAUAAGUAUGGAUUGAAGGAUAGUAAAGAGGAGGAUGAAAUUGUUGAAAUUGUAAGAAUGCCAAAUUUAGAAACAGGCAAAUUGUAUUUUACGCUUUUGACCUCAGUUAUAAGAGAGGUCGCGCUUUAA